AUGCCUGACCAGCAGCGCCGCUCAUGGCACCAGCCCAACGUUACUAAUCUGCCACCCGACUCGUAUACCUCGCAGAAAUUGGAACAUGCGACGCCUGAGCAUCUGCAUCUUACCUCGAGACGCUACUUCAUCGGGCCUAUCCCAACAGCAUGGCUCACCAAACACCGACGCGACUGGUACAAGCACCACCUCCGAAUCAACUACUCGACGCGUACGGCGACCUUCUCUUCCGAUCCACGCGAGGCCCGCCAACGACGGCUGAGCGGCCUUGAAGGACCCAGCUCUUCUGCCCUCUUCCAGCACAGUUUCCCCCAGCCCGAAGAACUCGAAGCAAAGGAGGACGAGGAUGGCGCGAACGAGUCGGAGGCUAGUGGAGCCAAUGGCGCGGCAGAUGCGACUGCUGCCACUCCACCCGCCUUGCAGGUUCCGCGUGCUUCAGACCAAAAAAGCGAUGUCAUGGAAGACGCAGAGUACGAUGAGUUCGUAGACGCACCCUCAGAACCAGAAGACGAGGACUCCGAACGCGAACCCCACGGACGCACUUUCCGUCGAUCCAGCUCCAAGACCUUCGUUACUGCGUCCUCAAUACCUAUGGACGAAGAUGAAAAUGGAGGGGACUCGGACCAAAGACCGCUACACGAGCAACAGGAACAACAGCAACAACCGCAGGCAAGUGGUUUACAUGUUCCUUCAGGCCAAGAGGAGGCAGGAUCAAAGUCGCUAGGCAAACGCCCACUGUCAAAUGUAGAGAGCCUUGGGAAUCCGGCAUCAACUAUUGGAGCAGCUUCUGUAGAUGCAAACUCCACAUUGUCAUUGCUGCGUAACGCUGACAUGAACAAGGCGCCGGCCUCCGCUGAUGUCGAUUCGAAGCCGCCCGCGAAGGGUAUAAUGGGAAAAGUGAGGAGGAAAUCAGGCAUCUUGUCGUCUUCUUCGGGACAACUACAAGAGGUCGACUCGGCCACGGGAGAAUUGACGCGCAAGAAGUCAAACCUACGAAAUCUUGUAAAGUUCGACAUUCCAGAAGACUCCCGACGCGCCACCCUCCAUCUCAAAGCGAAAAAGGCACAGAUGACGGUUCAGCGAGCAGGUACCAAGGUGAGACGACAGAAGAUCAAAGAUGGGCUGGUCGUCAAGAUGGAGCGCAUGCUUGUGCGCGUUGACGCUGCUGCAGAGGUCCCAGAAGAUUUCGAUGAGAACGUUAACCAAAGGGUCGUGUCCCGCGUCAAAGAAAAGUGGCGGGAGUACAUGAUCGUCUGUCGCCACAAUCACGUCAAUGAUGCCGAGUUUGUACUGCAGUUCUAUCAGACUCGGGUCAUCCCAGAGAUCGAAAAUGCGGGAGCAGGUAAGAAGGCUGCGUACGAAAUUCCGCUGGGUAAGAAGACUUGCAAAGUCAAUCUUUACUCGUCGUUGGACAAGUCGAUGGUCGUGUCCUCACCUGGUUCACGUGAGACUUUGAUCUUUAUUAUGCAAGCUCGGACUGCCUCCAAUGCAGUAGAGUGGUAUACCUUCCUCCGAAACGUCCUUGGCUGGCAACGCGCUUCCGAACUUCAGAUCAGCAUACCGGACAUGAGCUUGAGUAUUCGAAUAGCCAACCCGUUUGAGAAGCUGGAGGCAUCACAGAACAAAGUGCAUGAUGCGGACAAUAUAGAAGAAGCCUUGCUCAAGACUAUGCAAGAAGAGCAGGCAGUUGCGCAAGAGCUGAUUAGGCGUUGCCUGGAUCAAUUACAAGAUGCACCAGAGUGGGCAGAUGUGCUGGAGUCCUGGAUCAAGGACCAGCGCAUUGGCCUCGCUUGGAAGCGAUACGAUCGACUGGAAUGGAUACACGGAGCCAACGAGCGGAAGAUGUACGGCACGAUAGCUAUGCUCAAGUCGCACGAACUGGAACUGAGACCGAAGACACACUACCCUACGACUGCGGUGACAAGGAAGAAACACAAAACGUUGACCGAACCAGUUCCUGUCGAAGGUUUCCUGAUCAGGCUGACAGGGCAGCGAGGACGGGCGCAGCGACUAGGGCUCAUGUACCACAAGCAACUCUAUUUCGCUAGCCACGACCAGUAUCUUGUCUUCUCACGACCCACAAAGGUCACUCCACCUCCGCCUCCGAGACUACCUGCGUCUGAGAAUGCAAACGUACCGACAGCAAAAGCGGUCAAGGACGCAGUGCCAGAAAGCUGGGCUGUCAAUCCUUAUGCUACGCAGGCUGGUCAGAUCGAGUGGUUGAUGGAAGGACAUUCGGGCACGACAGAGGCCAAGCGAUUGCAUGACGAAGACGCAGCGGAUGAAGCUGCUCGCAAAGAACAAAACCUGCUCAACUGUGAUGGCUACAUCAACCUGGCGGACGUUGUUAAAGUUCGAAAAGCACAGCUGGGUGCUAGCCCCGCUGAUCAGGACCUCGAGGAGGGCUCAGAUGUGGACUUUGACGAAGAAGUCGAUGAUUCUAUGCGCAAUGAUGGAGCCACAAGCGACCUUGACAUCGAUCGCACCUUGGAGUUGGUCAUGAAGAAUGGCCUCAUCAUUCGCCUACAGGCCGCAGAUAAAGCCCGUAGGAAAGAGUGGAUACAGCACCUGCGCGCUCUCGCCAAGUAUUGGAAACACCGCACUGCGUCUGAUAUCGCGCUCUACAAAUCAACACGUAGUCGCAAUCUCAGCGCCCUUAAGAUUGACGAAGAGACAGAAGCACACGUUGGACAGUUUGCGAGAAAAUGGGAGGUGACUCAGUCAUUUGCAUCACCACAGCUUUACAACAUGUGUGGCAUCGCUUGUUGUCGCAGUAUCCAUAUGAGCGGAAUGUUGUAUCGGAAGCCCCGCAUACACGCGCCCUUUACACGAUGUAGCGUUUUGCUGACCGCUGGUACGUUGCUGAUCUUUCGAGAUGUCUUGCGAAGCAGGGUCGGCAAACAACUGGCGCACAUCCACCACGAGCGCAUAGCGAAUCUCGAUCUCAAGGAUUGCUACAUCUAUUCUGGUCUCCUCACGGAAAACGACCUCCUCUACCAGAAUCAGACCUUCGAUGCGAACAAACCAGGUCACCACGCUCUCCCACGUAUCUACCUCGAAGACGGCUGGACGUCGACUGACGAGGAUGUCAUGACAACGUUCGUCAUCUGGCAUGGCAAAGCAAAGAGCUGGUUUCGCGCCGAAGAGGGAGCAGGUGGCGGCGAACAGAAUCGGAAAGAAGGCAAGCGAACAAAGUUGAAGAGGGUGGCUAAGCUUGGUAGCAAAGGCCGUAGCGUGGUCUUUAGGGCUCGAUCGCGUGCCGAGCGAGAUCAUUGGGUGCUGGCGAUACAGAAUGAGAUCGAGAGGAUCCAAGGUGAUAAUGCGGACUUCAGACUCGAGGAGAGUGGUGAUAAGGGGACGUCGAAUGGCAGUGUUAGUCGGAGUAAUACGGGUACAUAA